AUGGCAUCGAGAGAUGGCUUUUCAUGGACCGAGGAGGAUGGUCUGAAGCCUGGAGUACCGUGUAUUGGCGCCAUUCAGCCUCCUAGCAACCUGACCUCUGCCCACGACGUUACUUACGACGUGAUUGUUGCAGGCGCUGGAUAUUGCGGACUUACUGCUGCAAGAGAUGCUGCUGUUGCAGGCCUGAAGGUACUCCUCCUCGAGGGACGCGAUCGAAUAGGUGGUCGGUCAUGGUCAUCUAACAUCGGAGGCUAUCCAUUUGAGAUGGGUGGGACAUGGGUUUUCUGGGGACAGCCGAAUGUGUGGCGCGAGAUAAUGCGAUACCAGAUGCAGGACGAAUUGGAGGUGUCUUACGACUUUUCCCGCGGGAUCAAUGAGUACCAUAUCUCUAAUGGGAGAACAACUCAGCGAUUCACCCACGACGAAGAGGAUAAAAUUGUUGAGUCAGGCCUUCGCAAACUCGUGAACGUCGACGGAGCGUACGGCAAGAACGUUAUACCUUUCAGCCACACCGGCAAGUUCUCUUCUGAGGCAAUAAAACUGGACAGCAUGUCGGUUGCCGAUCGUCUAGCCGAAAUUCAGGAUUCCCUGACGCCAAAUGAGCGUCUGGCAGUGGAAUCAUUUGUUCUGCUCUGCAGCGGAGGAACUCUCGAAACGACGAGCUUCUUCGAAUUUCUCCAUUGGUGGGCUUUGUGUGCCUACUCAUACGAGGGAUGCAUUGAUUAUCUUGUAAAGUACAAAUUUCGCGGCGGCCAAUCCAGUUUCGCCAUACGAUUCUUCCAGGAGGCCUUAGCCACGGGCAACCUCACUUACGCGUUCAACUCGCCAAUCGCCACAGUGAGAAACACGACUGCCGGAGUUGAAGUCACCACGAGACAGGCCGAAAGAUUCAAGGCGCGGAGGAUGAUCAGCGCCAUCCCCCUGAACGUGUUAAACAACGUUACCUUUGAUCCGCCCCUACCCCAGGGGAAACAGGCUGCUGCCAGCAUUGGGCACGUAAAUCAGUGCGUCAAGGUGCAUGCUGAGGUGCGUGACCGAGACCUAAGGUCUUACACAGGCAUCAGCUACCCGCACAAUGGACUCUUCUAUGCACUAGGGGACGGAGAGACUCCUUCCGGGAAUACUCAUAUCGUGGCUUUUGGUGGUCAGCACAACCAUUUCGAGCCGGAUGAAGACAUCGAGGCCACGAAGAAGGCUCUUCAGGGGCUGACUCCCAUGAACAUCGAGAGAAUUGUAUUCCACAACUGGUCCAAGGACGAAUUUGCAAAAGGCGCCUGGUUGGUUAUGAACUCUUCGUAUUUGAUUCAGCACUUGCGCUAA